AUGGCAAAAGACAUCCAUGGAUCGAUUCACCCACUGACCCCAACAGAUCUAGGGCCGCUUCUCUUCUUCCUCCCCCCCUGUUGCAAGCCCAAGCCACCUGGAGCCAAGUCGCCAGCCGCCCAGAAGCUGCUCCGUAAUUGCAACCAAAGUCGCCCCGAAAAGCUUCUCGCACACCCCCGGCCGCAGGGGGUCCGGAUCCCCCCUCCAAAGCCCUCCCUUGCCCCUCGUCGAUCGUCUCUAGACACUAGCACUGUUCCAUUGCUUUACGAGAGUGCCUCCGGCUUCUUCUUUUUUAUCUCGGGCCUCCCGCACGAACCCAAUGCCGCUGGGUCUCUUGUUACUCCUUCCUUGAUCCUCCUUUCUCGAGAGCGGGUUGCAAAAUCGUUGUCUUGCGGCUCAUCUUUUGCUCUUCCUCUUCUCUCUGCCCUGAUUCAGCCUCAUUCCCUGGCGGGCCAACAAGCUGGGAAACGCAUUCACAUUCACAUUCACAUUCACAUUCUACAUUCCAACCCUCUGUCCACCUUGAUCACAUCAGCAUCUGCAUCGGCCGUCCAUGUACCCGCGGUCUGA